CCAUGGAAUCAGACAGCCAGGAAAAAAUCAGUGUUGAAGAUGAGGCUGUGGACAGAAGUGAGUUUAAGACAUGCAAACAAAUUGCUUUCUAUAGGCGUCAGAAAUCUUUGUGUCCUGGGAAGCCCUUAUACAGAGUCAUACUGGACACAGUGGAAUUAACAAACACUGUCAAAUUCCAGAUUACUUCUGGAGACUGCAAGGCUCCUCUUCUAGUAGAAAUUUAUGAGAUAGAAGGCAAUAUUUUCAGGCUUAAAAUAAAUGAAAUAACACCACUCAAACCGAGAUACCAAGUCCCCGAUGUUCUCAUAAAAGAACCUGCUAGUCUCAGGCUAACAAUAUCAGAGAAGAAUGCAGAUGAGCUUGUGUUGGUUUGUGCCUCUGAAGACCAGCAGCUUCGCAUCACAGUAGAUCCUUUUGAAAUACAGCUUAUUUCAAACAAAGAAGUUGUACUGAGCAUCAAUUCAAAUGGCUUGUUGUAUUUGGAGCAGCUACAACCACCCCCCCAAAUCAGGGAGUCUACACUGCAAAAAAAGAAAGAUGGAUCUGUUGAUUCUCCAAAGGAAAAUCAAGAAGACCUAGGUCUAUGGGAAGAGAAAUUUGGCAGUUUUUUAGAUAUCAAAGCAAAUGGUCCUAGCAGUAUAGGCUUAGAUUUUUCUUUGUAUGGAUUUGAACACAUCUAUGGGAUACCUCAGCAUGCAGAGACACUUCUUCUUAAAAACACCAGUGAUGACGACGUCUACCGGCUUUAUAACCUCGAUGUCUUUGGAUACCAGAUCCACAGUAAAAUGGGCAUUUAUGGUUCAGUGCCCUUGUUGUUAGCACACAAGCCUGACAGGACCAUUGGGUUGUUUUGGCUGAAUUCCUCAGAAACGCUGGUGGAGAUUGAUACAAAAGCGGCUCUGGAGGUUUUGCCUUCCAGAACUCCAGAUAUUUCAAAGCAGAGAAUUCUGCCUCAAACUGAUGUGCGCUGGAUGUCAGAAAGUGGAAUAAUUGACACUUUCAUCCUAAUGGGACCCAGUCCUUUUCAUACAUUUAAGCAGUAUGCACAGUUGACAGGUACUCAAGCCUUGCCUCCCCUCUUCUCCCUUGGCUACCACCAGUGCCGUUGGAAUUAUGAAGAUGAGAAGGAUGUGGAAAUGGUAGAUACAAGCUUUGAUGUAUCUAACAUCCCAUAUGAUGUUAUAUGGCUGGAUAUUGAGCAUACAGAUGGCAAGCGCUACUUCACUUGGGAUAAAAAGAAAUUUGGCAAUCCUGAGCGAAUGCAAAAGCAAAUACUUAUGAAGAAAAAACGGAAGCUUGUUGUUAUUCUGGACCCCCAUAUUAAGGUCGAUCCACUGUAUACCAUAUAUUCACAGGCAAAAGAGAGAGGAUAUUUUGUAAAAGAUCGUAAAGGUGAUGAUUUUGAGGGUAUCUGUUGGCCAGGUCCCUCUUGUUACUUGGAUUUCACCAAUCCUGAAGUUCGAAACUGGUAUGCAGAUCAAUUUGCAUUCAAAACAUAUAAGGGCUCAUCUGAAAUCCUUUUUGCCUGGAAUGACAUGAAUGAGCCAUCAGUCUUCAAAGGGGUAGAACUCACUAUGCAGAAGGAUGCCAUCCAUCAUGGCAAAUGGGAGCAUCGAGAGGUUCAUAACCUCUAUGGGUUUUACCAGCAAAUGGCAACUGCCGAAGGACUAAUCAGACGUAGUGGAGGGCUGGAGAGGCCUUUUGUUCUCACACGUUCUUUUUUUGCUGGAUCACAGAAGUAUGGUGCAGUGUGGACUGGAGACAACAAAGCAGAGUGGGAUUACUUGAAAAUCAGCAUUCCAAUGUUGCUGACAAUCAGUAUUGCUGGAAUUUCUUUCUGUGGAGCGGACGUGGGUGGAUUUGUAGGAGAUCCAGAACCAGAGCUACUUGUUCGAUGGUAUCAGGCAGGUGCAUUCCAGCCUUUCUUUAGGGGCCAUGCCAAUAUGCACACCAAGCGUCGUGAGCCUUGGUUGUUUGGUGAAGAAAACACACGGAUCAUCAGAGAGGCAAUCAAGGAGCGUUACACCCUUCUUCCUUACCUGUAUUCCUUGUUCUACCGAGCCCAUACAGCUGCUGAACCUGUCAUGAGGCCUAUGUGGGUAGAAUUCCCCAAGUGUCUGGAAACCUUUGGCAUUGAAGAUGAGUAUAUGCUUGGAAAUGCUUUGUUAGUGUAUCCAGUAACUGAACCCAAAGUCACUACUGUCAAUGUCUUUCUCCCUGACUCACAUGAGAUCUGGUAUGAAUUUCGAAAAUUUAGAUGUCUGAAAGGUCAAGGCCUACUGAAGAUCCCAGUGACAUUGAACAGUAUUCCAGUAUUUCAGCGUGGUGGCACUAUUAUACCUCUAAAAACCUCUGUAGGAAAAUCCACAGAAUGGAUGGCAGAUGUUCCUUAUGAACUCCGUGUUGCCUUAGAUAGCAAGGCAUCUGCAGCAGGUGAACUCUAUUUGGAUGAUGGCCAUUCAUUUCAGUAUCUCCAUGGGAAGCAGUUCCUGCUUAGGAAGUUUAUAUUCCAUGAGAAUAUCUUCUCAUCUAGGUGUGCAGAUGAAAAUGGGCAAUUCCGCACCAAAUGUGUAAUUGAACAGAUACUGAUUUUGGGAAUGAAAAAACAGCCUUCUUCUGUGACAGCCAGCAUUCAUGAUGGUGAAGACAAAGCAGUGACGUUCACAUAUGAUGCCAAGAACUCUGUGUUAACCCUUCAACAGCUCUCAUUAAAUGUUGGCAUUGACUGGGUGCUUCAUAUUAAAUGAAAUUCAGGAAAAGAAUGGAAAACGAAAACAGUUCAGAUAACUCUGCCCAGUUUUGUGAAACUGACCUCUGAGAAGACAAGAACUUUCACAUACUAGACUUAACAUAAAUUAAUAUUCAGAAAUAUCUUCAUGAGUGACAACUUGCUAAUAGUAUUUGCCACAGAUGCUCUGCUGAGGAUGGCUUGCUUCCAGGAUUCUGCAGCUGUGGGUUAAAUGUUGCCGUCCACAUCUCCAAGCAGCAGUCUCCAGAAUUAGCCAUGGAUUCUUGCCUCCGCAGACUUACACGCUAGAUUUUCUGCGAAUUGUGGAAAAGAUGUGAAAACCACUUUCUCAUCAGUAUCAUUAAUGUUUCAGAGAAGGAAAUUAGCUAGAAGAUUUUUUUUUUUUACCAACGCCAACAAUACAGAACAGAGACUUUUUUGCAAGAUGAUUUUGGACACAAGAAAGCACAGCGAGAACUGCUUUUCUCAUCCAUGGCCAGUUUCUAUAGAGAGAUCUUGCUCCAGAACAACAGGAACAAAAUUUUCUUAUGAAAUGAAAGCUCAUCAGUUAAACUGAGUCCACAGAAUGUGUGAGCACCAUGCUUCCAUUAGUGGAACAAACCAAAGAAGUAAUAUGAUUAAUUAGAAAUAAAGUGGGAAAACCACAGAGCAGAAGGAACUCAGGGGAUCAUUUAAACAUGAAGCAGGGCCAGACUUUGCCAUCUUGAGCACUGAGCCUUUCAGUCAGCUCGUAUUGGAAGGGUUGACAGGUUAAGAGUGUUUGUUUUAUAAUGCACAACUUAAUUAUGAACUUACCCACCAAUUGGUCUUAUAUGCUACAAAAUAUGUAGCAUUAGUGUUUUUUUUCUAAAAACAGUUUAUGGCUCUGUUA